AUGCAUCAUGACACAAACCUGUACAUGAGCAUCACCAUGGAGUUUAAUCCUUGGAGAGACUACUUUCAGCUGGCCUCACUUGUCCAAAAGAUGGCACGCAUGGAAAUUGCCAAACCACCGCCUGUUGAAGCGCUCCUGAUAAACUCUCCUAAAGAAGGCCAGGCUAACGGGGAAGACUCUCUAACUUGCCUGAUACCUAUUAAGGAUGAACAUACAGACAUCUUUAAGCUGCCUGACUCCUUCUCUAAAGAUGGACUUAACUCAUUGCACAACUUAAAAUUGAACAAGCAUCUUGCCUAUCAAUACCAAGCCAAAACUCUUGAUGACAUCUUUCAGACUGAAAUACGCAAGCCAAUCAAACCCUCCCAAGUUCCUGUCUUAUCAUCCGCUAAACGUCAAGCUCGUUCACGUGUGAGUGCCAUGUGUCAUUUCUGUAAACACAACGGGGAGUCACGCCAUGUUUACUGUGGCCACAACCUGAAGGAUGAGCAGGGUAAAAUCAUCUGCCCCAUUCUCAGAAUGUAUACCUGUUCACUGUGUGGGGCAACUGGAGAAUCCUCCCACACCAGGAAGUACUGCCCCAUCAACAAGAAAAAGAAAAUCUCCCCACAAACGCUGAACGCAACUCUGCUGGGCACCGGAUGA